AUGAGCUUUAACUACUUAAAUAAACUAAGGCAGGACAUUAAGAGUGUCCUGCCCAAUUGUUUGGAGGAGGUAUAUCCUAAGCUGCCUGAUUCUCGACAGGUUUCAAUGGAACGAGAGCUGGUAUCGAGACGUUUUGUUCAUUCCAGUCAUUUACACUCUAGCAGUGGAGUGGUUGGCCACAUAUUUUCGUCGUCUCCCGGGUUUUCAACAGAUCUCCAUUACUCAUCGGUUUCGUUUUACGAAAACCAAUCUGAUGUGCCUUUCGUCACCGAGCCAUCAGCUAAUGGAGUACUGUUGAAUUCUCAUUCAGAACUUCUUUCAUCAACAAACCAUCCUACUGGUGAAAAUGGCAAUUCCUGGCGUUCGGAUGCAUUGCCGGGUUUUCGAGAAGCUCCUGAAAGUAACCCAGUUGGCGGUAGUCGUGUAGAGAACAAUAGCUGCAGCUCUCUUAUGGUAUCAGAGGAUUUUAGUAAAGAAAAUGAUUGGCAGGAAUGGACGGAUAGGCUAAUAACUGAUGAUCCAUUGAGUUCUAAUUGGAGUGACCUUCUAGUGGAUGCUGAUGUUGUAGAUUUGGAACCGAAGAUGGUGCACCAAGCACCUAACCCAGCAAUACAAAUGCAAGUGCAGCAAUCUCGAGUUCAAAAUCGACUUCCUUCUUCAAAUGGAGCUCCCUCGAAGCUGCGAAUGCGAUGGACACCCGAACUUCAUGAUGCAUUUGUAGAGGCUGUAAACAAACUUGGUGGUAGUGAAAGAGCUACUCCCAAGGGUGUUCUUAAGCUUAUGCAGGUGGAGGGUUUGACAAUCUAUCAUGUGAAAAGCCACUUGCAGAAAUAUAGAACGGCUAGAUACCAACCAGAAUCAUCAAAAGGACCAAUGGAGAAAAGCACCACCUCACUUGAGGAUAUUUCAUCUCUCGAUCUGAAAACGAGUGUUGAUAUCACAGAGGCUCUACGGCUGCAGAUGGAAGUUCAAAAAAAGUUACAUGAACAACUCGAGAUCCAACGAAAUUUACAGUUAAGAAUAGAAGAACAGGGGAAGUACCUUCAAAUGAUGUUUGAAGAACAAUGCAAGUCGAGCAAUAACCUGACAAAGCCAUCGGAUAAUCCCACGCGAUGCACCGAUCCAUCCGAAGCUGACUCGAUAUCCGAAAAGACUACUAACCAAGUAGAGGAGAAGCUAUUAGCUUCUCAUAGGGAAGUCCCGGAGAAUCCCGAGCCUGAUGUUUUUGAAUCUCGCUCCGAGCUAUCGAAACGCCAAAGGACAGAUGAGUAGGCUGUGUUUUCUGUAAGGAGUUUCUGUCACCAUUUGUGUAAUUCUACAAAAUCUCUUCUUAGUUUCUUAUUUUGUAGCUUUGAUAAUUCAACUAAAUUUUGCUUUACAUGAGACUAUGAAAAGCUCUAGACUCCCACUAUAGCUUGAAUCAACUUGUGCAAUGUUCCACCAAUGCUUGCAGGUAUAUUCAACGUGAGGACAUGAUAUUUGUUUGUUUGUUGUAA